AUGGCACGCACCAAGGGAAACACCGACAGCAACACAUUAGCACUUCUGGGUAAGAAAGAAGUGCUCAAACGACGUUUCGGUUUCUGGUCUCUGUUCGGUUUCGCCGUCUGUGAAUUGAUCACCUGGGAGACAGUAUUGGCUCUCUUCAGUCAGGGCUUCAACAAUGGCGGGCCAGCAGGACUCGUGUACGGCUUCAUCAUCGCCUGGUCAUCCACUUUGUCCGUAUACACAGUCAUAUCCGAGCUUGCCUCCAUGGCUCCUAUCGCCGCCGGUCAGUAUUACUGGGUGUACAUGCUGGCUCCCGAGCGGUACAAAGUGUUUUCCAGCUAUAUCGUCGGCUGGCUUACCUCGCUUGCGUGGGUGGCUACCGUCGCCACAGAAACCAUCUUCGCCGGUACAAUGCUCCAAGGUCUGAUAAUUCUUGACCAUGAAAACGACUACAACCCGAAACAAUGGCACGGCACGCUACUAGCAUGGUUGGUCAUUGUUGUUGCCAUCUUCAUUAAUGUUGUCAUCCCAGGAGCCCUGCCGAAAUUCGAGAUCUUUAUCAUCGUUUUCCAUAUUGCGGGCUUCAUCGCCAUCUUAUCGGUGCUAUGGGUAUAUUCUCCUCACAACUCGGCUCAUUUUGUCUUUACCACGGCCUUAAACGAAGGCGGUUGGCCGACGCAAGGUUUGUCGAUCUGCGUAGGAUUUCUCGGCAACGUCGCCACGUUUGUGGGUGCGGAUGCCUCUGUCCACAUGGCGGAGGAAGUCUCGAAUGCUCCGUGGAAUAUACCACGAGCUAUUAUCGGCGCAAUGUUGAUCAACGGCGCGGUAGGCUUCACGAUGAUGUUGACUGUACUGUUCUGCCUUGGUGAUGUGGACUCGGUCUUGGAGACUGCAACAGGCUAUCCUUUUAUCCAGAUAUUCUACAACAGUGUUCAAAACACUGCCGGAGCAACAGCGAUGGGCGCCGUGGUGCUCGCAUUGACCUGGGCAUGCGCCAUCGGUAUCUGCACCACCGCCAGUCGCAUGACUUGGUCGUUCGCUCGCGACAACGGCACGCCCUUCAGCAAAGCCAUCAGCUACGUUUCCAAGCAACGCAAGAUCCCAACUGUUGCAGUUUUGGUUGUGACCGGCAUCGCUGCACUCCUCACGCUGAUCUACAUUGGUUCUUACACGGCUUUCAACGACGUCAUCUCCUUGACCAUCACUGGCUUUUACAGCUCGUACUUCCUCCCUGCCGCGUUCUUGCUCUACAAUCGAGUCAAAGGCCGUAUCCUACCUCACAAGCAAGAGACGCCGGGCCUUCCAAUUGACGACGGCGACACGAGCGAAGACAACAAGGUCGAAGGCCCCGUGGGUAAUGGUGACGGAAUUGCUAGUGCUGUUGGAAAAAAGGAUUCCCCGGAAGACGAGGAUAUGAAGAAACCCGCGUACACCGACGCUGGCUCGACCACUUAUCCUCCUGCCACGGGUGAGGGCUGCCGCCGGAUUUCCGUGGCUCAGGCACCGUUGGUCUGGGGUCCCUUCCACCUUCCAGGCUGGUUUGGCAUCAUCAACAACGCCUACGCUUGCGUGUACAUGAUCUUCGUGAUCUUCUGGAGUGUGUGGCCGCCUGAGACGCCGGUGGAUUAUCAGACGAUGAACUAUUCUGUCGUGGUGACAGGCGGAGUCGUCAUCUUCAGCAUCAUCUGGUAUUACAUUCGGGGUCACAAGGAAUAUAAAGGGCCUGUGGUUGAUGACGAGGUGGCUGCGAUUGUCAUAAGGAGAACAAGUGUGGUCAAUGUCUAA